GACACUCUCAACGAAAUGGGAUUUGGUGAAACAAAUAAAUGUCGAAUCUGACUCGAAGAACAACUCUCGGUUGUCGUGGAUCCUAUUGGAACCACUCAUGAAUCCGGGUCGGAUCCUCCGAAGGUGGUCAACUCAGGGUCAGGGUCAGGGUCAAUAAAACCGCCGUCCCCACCACUGUAAAUGGGAAUCGUACCUCACCCAUUAACAGGACUUGAGAGGACAGAUAAGCAACCUCCCCAGACCAACUCCUCAACCCCAUCAACCCAAUGGAUCUGCACACUUUUCGAUCUCCCAUUGGCCAGCCCCACCCAAAAGUCAAACCAACCCACCAUCCGACCAAUCCCCUGCUUCCAAGUCAGCGAUCCAGCCUUCUCCCUCGACCACACACGUACACAUGCUUUUUCCUUGGGGGCCAUCGCUCACGAGAAGGGAGCCUCACACAGAGCCCAGACAGAGAGAGAGAGAGAGAGAGAGACUGUACGUGUGUGUUUGAGUUUCAGUGUGUUUGUUUUUUGACAUUCUCUCGUCACCACCUUCCCCAUGUACAACAAAAAGAAACAGACACACAAGUAUUACCAUGUGGUCCUAAUUCCCUCACUCACACACUAAAACUUCUCUCCUUUUGUCACCUUUUUUUGCCAACUAUAAUUCACUGAAUCAGUCCCACCCAACAAACCCAGAAGCCGAUUAAUAUCUUUCCUUCCUUCCUUUUGACAAUUCUUCUUCUGGGGUGCCAUGAAUCAGGGUAAGGUUGAUGGGAUUUUUCCCCAGAAGAUGGAAAAGGGGCAGCAGCAGCAGAAGGUGGUGAAGAAGGAGGCAGGGGAGGAGUCUGAUGAGGAUUUGAUGGAGAGCAGUGCUGUGGAGGAAGAGAAGAAGAGGAAAGGGGUUGUGGGGAGUGGAAAGAGGUGUUGCCAAGCUGAGAAGUGCAAGGCGGAUCUGACAGAGGCUAAGCCUUACCACAGGAGGCAUAAGGUGUGUGAGUAUCAUGCCAAGGAGCAGGUUGUGGUUGUCGGUGGGAUGAGGCAGAGGUUUUGUCAGCAAUGCAGCAGGUUGGGGAGAUUUCAUGAGGUGUCGGAAUUUGAUGACACGAAGAGGAGUUGCCGGAGGCGUUUGGCUGGACAUAACGAACGGCGAAGGAAGAACUCUGCUGAGUCUCAUGCAGAAGGCUCAAGCCGCAAGGGAACAGGCAGUACACAUCAGUUGAAGGAUAUUGUUUGUGGGCAGGUUGAUGAUAGGGGAAGAAUUCAGAUAACCAUCCAUGAGAACUCCACUUACAAGCAUUUCCAGAUCAGAUGAGAUUUCAAGCUAGUAUGCUCUCUCUCUUCUGUCAUAGGAUGUAAUGAGAGUUACAGCCUUGCUUUGUAUCACCUAUUUAUUGCAAAUUUCAUUUAGGUCAAUUCUAAUCCCACCUCCAUUUAAUGGGUUGGAAUUGCUAGUUACAAACUAGUAUGUGGCUAAGUCUUUAACUUUGUUUCUGAUUUGCAUGUACUUCCUUGCCUCUUGAUUGGGCAUUAUCUUAUUUAUUUUCUCCUACUUGCUUUUCA